ACCCGUAUCAGUCCUUAUCAUCAUACCAACGAGUGCAUUCUGACGAUACCUUCUGCGUGUGAGACGAGAGUGAAAAUCAAAAAUAUUCCUAAAGAAAACGAAACUAAUAGAAAUAAUAUAGAGAAAAGAAAGAAGAAAGAAGAAAGAAAAAAUAGAUCCAGGGGAUAUAGACCAGACAAUAGUCUAAAACCCUAUAAAAGAAGAAAGAAGAAGAAGAAGAGUGAAAAUGAGCCCUAGAGAUUUCCUAUAACACUGGCAGGCGAUUUCUCCGACUCUUCGCUUCCCGUCGUUAGUAUUCCGUCACGAGAUCCGGAGGGCGAAGGCUUCGACGUGCAACAUAGGGUCACAUUGCUGCACCAUCAUGGAGUCGAAGAGCAUCCUGGCAGAAGCAGAUUCGACCUCCAUGCUAGCCAUCCCUCAGUCCAAUCCACAGUCAAGUGUGUCACAGACCUCACCAGCACUCUUGUCACCUGCACAUUCCCCUUCAAAUUUGUCACCAGCACAGUCUCCCUCUCAUUCUCCAUCUGCGAUACCUGUCUCAGGAUCUUCACCCACAGUUUUGUCACCUUCAGAAAGUCUUAGUGAUCCUUCACAGCCAUCUACAUUACAACCUUCUUCAUUGUCUUCAUCAGUCAUUUCACCUCCUGAGCAACCAUCUCCAGGGAGCAUCUGGGCAGAAUCAGUAUCUUUAUUACCAUAUGUACCAUUAUCACUGUCAUCUCCAAAUGAGCCACAGCCUCCAGCAACACAGUCAAAUAUAUCAUCUAGUAUAUCAUCAACAACCCCAGCCAAUCCACAGUCUCCCUUGGCUGUCUCAGUGGACCAAGACUCCUUUUACCUUAAUGCGCCACAUCCUGUAAAAUCAUGGCGCUAUGAUCCUCUAGCAUCUCCGGAUUGGGAUUGUGCAGGACCACCUGGAUUUCUUUGUGCUGGACGAGUUAAAAAAGACCUGAGCAGUAUCUACAGUGAGCCACUUCCGGGAAUUUUUGUUGUACCUGAUGAACAAAACCUCUUUAAAGUCAAUUGCCUCAUUAUUGGGCCAUUUGAUACACCAUAUGAAGGUGGAUUCUUCCACUUCCUCGUCCGUUUUGGUCCUCAGUACCCUCUCCAUCCACCAAGAGUACGACUGCUGACAACAGGGGGUGAUACAGUCAGAUUUAACCCUAAUUUAUACAAGAAUGGCAAAGUUUGCUUAAGUAUUUUAGGAACGUGGGCCGGUCCAGCAUGGAGCCCAGCGUCCAACCUCUCCAGUGUCCUUUUGUCAUUACAAAGCCUGAUGAAUGAGAACCCAUAUCACAAUGAACCUGGAUUUGAAAAGGAGCGUAAGGCAGGAGACAGUGAGCGUUAUAACACCAUCAUAAUGCAUGAAACAAUUAGAGUUGCUGUUAUACAACAGUUUGAGGGUGUUACCAUGGUGCCAGCAGAUCUCAUGAGAGUUAUGGAAGCUUCAUUUCUGGAGUAUUAUGAUCAUUAUGUUGAAAUUUGUGAAAAAAAUAUGCAUCUAGAUGGACAAACCAUGGUGGAUCCCUUCCGGGAAUGGCGGGGCCACUUCCAGUAUGCAACCCUUCUGAAGAAUCUCAAGAGACUAAAAGUCAAAAUUGAGGCGAAGGUAGACAGUGAAGUACCUGAAAACCCCAUAACAGCAGAGAGUGAUGAUGUAUCUAGUAUAUCAGAAGAUAAACCUGAGCCAUAGAUAGCAUCAGUAAUCACUCCCCGAGCCAUAAUUAGUAACCUUGGUCUCCAAUCAUCACUUUAGCAUCACAUAUGAUUAAGACUGUACACUGUGGUGCUGAAAUGUAGAAUAUACAGGAGAGAGUAAGAAUUCUCCGGCAUAAUUUUUUUUGUACCAAUGGAACUGUAUCCAGUCUGACAAGUUUUAAGUUUCCUAAUAUGAGAUUAUGAUACAUGCAUAAAUUGUGAAUGUGUUUGGCAAAGAAAAUUUGAGAAUACUUCAAGUGAUAUGUGUCUGAUAUGAUUUUAGUGUAAUUUUCCUCUGAGGGUUGAAGAACGUAUGGCACUUAAGGAACAGUGAGGGCAAAAGAAAUCUCACUGUAAGUAAUUGCAUUAAAAACUUAAGUAAUGAAAAAAAUUGUAUGUGAAAUGUUUCUUACUUAGUCUUGAUAUGAGCUUUAAUUACUGGAGCCUUUAAAAAGGUCAAUGUGCUCUUGCUUUUAGAACCUUUAAUAACUAUAGUUCACUGGAGAGGCAAGAGAAUUAAGGUUAUAAAUUUAGGGACACAGUACUCUUGUCUUUCAUGUUUAUAUGACAUGUAUAAAAUGGUAGAAAUAUUAUAUUUGCUUCUUACUUCACAGACUGUGUAUCCUGCAUAAGACAAGGAAAUAACUUUCAUUUGUCUAGUUAUCAAAUGAUAGUGGACAUCAAGUUUCAACAUUGAGAAGAGACUUUUACUAUUUAAUGGGAGAGCAGUAAUAUUUUAAUUUUUUCAUGGUUAUUUUAUAACUGCUGUAUUAGACAUGUAUAGAUGAGAGAGCUUUGAAAAGACCUUAGAUUAAAGUCAAGAAUUGUAUUACAUAUAUCUGUAAUGAGAAUCAUUGAUUAUAUUUUUUCUUUUUUCUUUUUUUUUCUUUCUUUUCUAAAAAAAGAAUGAAAAAAAGAUGACUGAUCUUUCCAAAAUUUCAUGUUUAAUAUAUGUAACAUAUUAAAUAAGCCUGGGAGUGCAUCUAGGGAAAGACACAGAGACAGAAAUAUUCUAAUGUUAUUACAUGGGGAUAGUCUUUCACAACCCUUUAUUCCUCAUUUUCUUUAUUACAGUGAUGAACUUUAUAGAUUUCUAUGAUAUAAUAUCCUGCAAAUCAGUAGACUAAGUAAGCUUUAUUUGUGAACACAUUUAGUUUAUAGUAUUACAUUUUCUAGUAAGUGAGUUAUGGAAGGUAUUGUUACCUCAAUGCUGAGACAGCUUUAAAGGGCCGAGUAUAGUUGUAAAUGUGAAAAUGUUUUGUUCCUCAUGUAUUUGGAAAUUCCAGAAAACAUAUUAUCACUGUGACAGUGAGGUUUGUAAAACUAGUCUGUUUUCAAAGCCAGAUACUAGAAAUCCAUCCCUUAACUAGAAAAAGAGUUGCAUCCAGAUGUGCUUUUUGUUUGUUAUUAUCACUUCAUUCUUGCUGAUAUAAGAUAAAGAAUAUGUAUCUUGAAGAUUACAAAACCAGUGUACAGUGAUUCUUGUAUGCUUUGAAUUCCAGUUUUUUGAAGUGCUGUCUUUAGGAAAAUUAAUCCUGAAAUAUUUCCAGUACAUCACUAAUAUGCUAAUGAAAUUUUGAAGUAAAUCUGACUGCAUGAAUUUUACAAAUAUACACCCUAUUCAUAUUGAAUGAGAAAAUGGACUACUUUGUUAUUCAUGUUUUUGUAUUUUGUGCAUAUCAUUGUACAUUUAGUUGUGACAGUAUAGCUUUUGGUUGCACAUCAUUUACAAAAUGCCUGAAGGAUUUAAUUGGUGAUUUUAUG